UGGAGAUUGAGAAGUAGAACAUGUUUGCUUUGCAUUUUGAUUAUCAACCUGCCUUUCAUCUACACUUUGCAGAUAUAGCUGAUUCUGAUCUGGCCUUUUUAGAGUUCCAGCUCUCAGCAGUGAUGGGGAAAAACUUGGUACAGGGAUUAGCUCUUAGAACAGGUUCAAGCUGUUCUGUAUGUUGAGCUUGGUGUGUGUCCUCACAGCCGCCCUCCACUUCUAUGCCACCUUUAGCUGGCUGAUAUCAGCCAGCACAUUUCAGAAGGGAAAUGGUAAUUAGGCAGGCUAAAGAUAGCCAUGCAGCAGCACCUUAUCAGUGCUACAAAUAUUUUUCAACAGCUAAAAUAACCCCAAGCAAACAAACCACAACCUCCCCUAAGAUUACAUUAAGUUUUACCUCCUUUGCAGAUGAAAAGCACAAACAGGCCAGGCCUAGUCUGAGAAGAUAUCCCAAGCUUUGCCAGCAGUUUACAGAGACUCCAUCUAUUCAACAAGCAAUUUCAGAGUGAACAGUCUCAGAAAACAGGGAUGCUACUUGAAGUUCUGGAAAACAUCUAAUGCUUCCUGGGGGGAUCAUGAGCACGGCAACUCAACACAGGGCCUCCUGGUUCCUCAGAACACCAAGUGACUGAAGCUCAACUCCAGCCCUCACUGACAGGCUGCUGUCUGAGGCACCUGGACUCACUACAUAGUGAAGCUUCCUAAAGGAUUGCCCCUUCUUCUCUCUGGGGAUCAGUGACAGGAGCGAAUGGCUUCCAGCUGUGCAAGAGGAAGUGUAGGUAGGAUAUUAGAAAAAGGUUCUUCACCCAGAAGAUGGAGAGACAGUGGAACAGGCUCUCCAGGGAAGUGGUCACAGCACCAAGAAGCUUCUGGACAAUGCUCUCAGGCACAUGGUGUGAUUUUUGAGGCUGACCUGCUCAGGGCCAGGAGCUAGACUUUGAUGAUGUUUGUGAGUCCCUUCCAACACAGAAUAUUUUGUGAUUCUGCGAUUCUUCCAGCCGGCCUGAGGAGGAGCCUGUGCGCCCACGCCACGGGGAAAACGAGAGCCCUCGAGUCCGGCGGGCCCGCGGCGCGGAGGCCGCCCGCCGCGGGAGGCUCGGAGGCGCUGUGCCGCCGCGGCCGUGCCCGCUAGGAAGCGGAAGGGCCGGCGGCGCCGGGAGCGGGCCGGGAAACGCCGGAACCCCCGAGAGCCGUGCCCCCCCCCCGCAGGGGGCGGGCUGAGGGCAGCUGAGCCGGAGCGGCGGCGGGCCGGGCCGGGGCUAUGCUGCUGCGCCUGGUGCCCGAGUUCGAGCUGCGGAGGGACGUGCUGCCCUGGCUGGCGGAGCGGGGCUGCGCCGCGGCUCUAGACACUUCUGAGAAUUCAUCAGCACUGUACGUUGUAAAUGUUGAAAGAAAUGGAAAAAUUAUUUAUACCUGGAAGGGAAAUCAGAGAAACACUCACAUUGGAUUGUAUGAUCUUCAAACAAAACAAAACGAGCACCUCUAUAUGUUUGAGAAGAAUCUGCACAUAAUCAGCUGUUCGAUCAACAAUGAAAGGACCUUAUUGGCAGUCAGCUUCUGUCAAUAUACAGAGGAAGAAAGAGCAAGUCAGCUUUUACAGUCAGUGUCCAAGUAUUUAACCUUGCUAAUCGAAAUUCAUCCCAUUAAUAAUGUGAGAGUCCUAAAGGCUGUGGAUAGCUGUGUUCGAGUACAGUUUCUUUAUCCAGUUGAAGGCAGAAAUGCUUCUAGAGAAAGUCGUCUCUUGCUAGUUUCAGAAGAUAAAUAUAUUGAACAAUUUGACAUUCAUGUUGUUGCAGAAGAAGAACACAAAGUGGUGAUUCAAAAGUCAGGUCAGCUUCCAAGAGCCAAAGUUGUAGAUGACCUCGUUUGGGCGCAGUGGGAUAUGAUGGAGCAGAGACUCUUCUACAUUGUUCCAAAGGAAUCAAAGAGUACUUUAAGGUGUGUCCAGUUUUAUCCUGAGGAAAAUUUUAACUCAAUACUGGAAUCACACCUGGAUAUUGCUGUAAAUGACACACAGUUGAAACUUGUGAAUUUUGGAUAUGAUUACUGUCAAGAUCAAGAUGUUGCAUCUAAAUCUUUGAACCUUCAGGUUUUCACAAGUAAAGCAGGAGGCUUGUGUGUGUGCUGUAGUCUAGUCUCUGAUAUUCCUCAUGAGAUCAUAUACUCCAUAUAUUUUUUACAUAAAGGUUACAACAAAACUUUUACAGUUUCUCUGGAAAGAACAAAAUCUCAUCAAUUCAAGGAAGUGGCUUUUAUGAAUCUUGACUAUUAUGUGGCUGCUUAUUUGCCUGGCCAGUUCCUGCACCUCCUGAACAUUCAACAUCCUGACAUGCUGUGCUAUAGUUUAUUUCUGACAGGUGAGGAUGCAAGAAUUGACACAUUACAAAACUGUUCCAUCCGGUCCCCAUGGGUGUCAGCAGUCCUGGAUUGCAAUGCAGGAAGUCUGUAUGAUGUGAGCAUCAGUGACAGUGCCUUGCUGCAGUUCCUACAGAAGAGCAAACGAGACUGUGAGAGACUGGCAGCUCUGCAUUGUGCCCUGCUCUACUUCCAGCACACAGAAGACUUGGAAAUGCAGAUUAUUCGGUGGAUUUCUGAGAACCUGUCAACAUGUCAUUCUUUUAACCCCAUUCAAGAAUUUAUCAUUGCCUCCCUGUACUGCAGAAUGUGUCCAGAAACUCAGAACCUGGAUAAACUCCUGCCCUACACAUCACUGCAUGACUGGAUUGGGGUUGUCCCUGGAGUAAUAUGUGCCACAGACAUUAUUUCUCUACCUGUGUUAGAGUUCCAAAACUCCAAAGGCUUCUGGGAGAAACUCAACUCAAACUUGGAGAGUGUGAAGUAUGCAGAGCCGCACUUGCACUACCACAGUAAGGGGCUCAGGAGGGAAUGGCGUAACCUUUCGGAAGAGAGAGAGGAGAGAAGAACCACAGCAUAUUUGAGGAAUAUUUUUGAAAAUGCCAAAAAGGUGCUUUCUCAUCUGGACACUUGGGACUCUGAGGCAAGGCUGGUACCUCUCUUUGAAGAGGAGGAUUAUCAGCAGCAGUUGCUCAUGGGACUGAUGGUUGCUCAGCUGAAGGAUCACCUUAUGAGACAUCUACAAUAUAUUGGCAAAAAGAAGAUUGACCAAAUAGUUUUGGAUUAUGUUGCAAACCUGCUGAAUCUGGUGCACCGAAUAAUGAAAGAAGUUUGGAGGAGAUACCAGCUUCAUUCCUGUAUCUUCUGCUUUGAUGAGAGAGGAAGUGCAGGAGAGUUUGCGGUGUUCCACAUCAUGAGUCGGAUUCUGGAAGCAGCAAAUGGCAUGUGCAUGCCUUUACCUCCUGGUUUUCACACUCUGCACCUGGGUCUUGGUGUUCGAUGUCUCCCUCUGCACACCCUCCUGCACUAUAUUGACAAUGGAAUCUUGCAACUGACAGAAACAUGUGUCAGGAAAUUGCUGAAAGAUCUGGAUGACACUGAACAGAAUGAAAAGCUGAAGUUUAGUAUUGUCAUGAGGCUUCCAGAGGCUCUUGGUCAAAAGGUCCGGCAGUACUGGAAUCAUCCGAUAAAUGCAAAUUUAAUGGCACGGAAAUAUGUGAAACUUCUGCUCGAGAAGCUGGGAAACGGGCAGUGCAGCAGGCCUGUCCCUGAGAGACUCUCCGUCCCCGUGGAGUUUUUGCCACUGAACUACCUGACUAAUAUGCUGGCAGAGAUAGAGAAUCAAGGUGUGCAUCCAUAUGAAAAACAAGACCAUGUAAAUGCAAGAUUUGUAGAGGAAACAGCACUCAAGCACACUAUGACACUUCUGGGUCUCAAAUACUCCUGAAAUAACAUGCUGUUGAAGAAUAACAUGCUGUCAAACUGU